AUGUCGUCGGCUCUUAACGCGCUCCGUCGCAAGAAAAAUGUCAAGAAGGGUAUCCAGUUCUGUCUGAUGGUCUGUGGUGCCAGCGGAACCGGUAUGUAUUGGAAUCUCGGUGUUGCCCCUGACGGCUGCAGGCAAACUGACCAGGUUCCCCUUUUCCAAACAGGACGUACCACCUUCGUCAACACCCUUUGCGGAAAGACCGUCCUCGAGGGCAAGGAUGCCGACGACGCUGCCAACGCUCACAUUGAGGAGGGUGUCCGCAUCAAGCCGGUCACGGUUGGUAAGUUGGUGCCAAACAUCCAUGGGUUGCACAAUUCAAGGUUCGGGCAAGACUAA